AUGGGCUGUGAGCGUGUCGGUGCUAUCGGCUACUGCUUUGGAGCUAAAUACGCGGUUCGAUCGCUGCAGCCAGGCCUGUUUGAUGUCGCCUAUGUUGCUCACCCCAGCUUCGUUGAGGCCGACGAGCUCAAGGCGAUCAAGGGCCCUCUGUCCAUUGCCGCUGCUGAAACCGACUCGAUCUUCCCCGCGCCCAAACGCCAUGAGUCGGAGGAGAUCCUGGCCAAGGUGGGCCAGCCCUACCAGAUCAAUUUGUUUUCCGGCGUGGAGCAUGGUUUCGCCGUUCGCGCGGACAUCUCCAAGCCGGAAAACAAGUUUGCCAAGGAGUCUGCCUUUACGCAGGCCGUGACCUGGUUCAACCAGUACCUGUAG